GGGAAACACAAAAGUGUGGGAACAAGUCUAGUGUAUGUAUGUUUGUGCGAUGUUUGUAUGUAUGUGUCGUACGUAUGUGUCGUACGUCGCUCGAUUGAUUCAAACAAAACUUACGAUUUAUACCUCACUCAAGGAAGUUAAUGGAUCUACGUACAUCAAUCUAUGCGAGUGAAGCUUCGCUCGCCUUCAAUAAAAGUGAUGGUGUUUUUCUGCGUGCAUGUUUGUCGCGUUGUGGGCUCCUCUAUAAUAAUAAUUACACAAUUAAAUUGAUCUACUGAUUAGAUAAACAAGAGCUAUAUUGUUUGUUUUGGGAGACUGGGCAUUUCUUUAGGUAGCUAUGUACUUAUUGUAAGAUCAAUGGCUAGUUGUGAGCAAAGAACUAUAGAGCAAGCUUCCCUUCAUGAAACUCCUGCACUCGAUGCCAGCAGAGAUACCACUGAAGCUACACCACCCGUGACAAGUAAUCGCAGAAAAUAUGGCAACAAGAAAAGUGUACUAAUCAAGUCAAAGGCUCCAAUAAUGAUUCUGUGUUGCAUGGACAGUAUUAAUGUCUUUGAUCUAUGGUAUUUUUCUGAACCCUGAAGUUUACAUAUUCUUUAUCGGUUACACCCCAUUCGGUCUUGCAACCGACGAAAUAAUAAUAGGGAGUUGCAUAUAUGCUGUAUUUGCUUUCUGGCUUCUCUUCUAUCUUCUAGCCGGAUACUUGGCAGAUGUUCGAUACGGCAGAUAUAAAGUUGUGAAAUGUAGUGUAUGUACUGCGUGGUGUGGACUCUUGACUGUGGUUGUUAUCGGUGGUAUUGUGAAUGCUAUUAUUCUACCAAUUAUGUUAAGUAAUAAAGAUCCAUAUGAUUCUUACGGAGGGCCUUUAGCCAUUUCACUAUAUGCAAUGGAUGGUGGACUAGCAUUUUUUCUUCUUAUCUCCUUGUGGAUUUCAUUUGCUGCAUUUUUAGCCAAUGUUAUUCAGUUUGGGGUUGACCAAUUAAAUGAUUCUCCUUCUAGAGACAGCUUUCUUUUCGUUCACUGGUUUCUUUUCACACUGUAUAUUGGAAUAAGCUUUGGAAAACUGGUAUGGAGCUCAGCUAUAGUCACUGGUUUCUUAAGCCUUUCUAUCUUUGGACUCGUUUUGUUAGUUGAGCUAUUUUGUAUAUCAGUAACAUUCUGUGUUGCUAAGCGCAGGUGGUUUGUUAUCAACACUGGCAUUGGCAACCCUUACAAAGAGGUUGCAAGAGUUGUCGAUUUUGCAAGAAAAAACAAGAUUCCUAUUCAACGCAGUGCCUUUACAUUCUGGGAGGAUGACAUACCCACUGGACUGGAUCUAGGCAAAGAUAAGUAUGGAGGACUGUUUACUACUGAGCAAGUGGAGAAUGUGAAAUCAUUUUUUGGAAUUGUUAUCAUUUUACUUUCACUUGGGCCAUUCUUUAUGGUUGAUAUUGCUGCAGCCCCGUUUCUAAGGAUACUGAGGAAUCACAUGGAGCUGGAAUAUGAUUCCUUAUAUACACCUAUUAUUUUGGUGCAAAUCAUUUUUUACUCUAUCUUUGCUAAUGGUUGCAAUCUGUAUCCCCUCUUUCUCGUUGUUUUUAUUCCUAUUUUUCUCAAGUUUAUUCAUCCUCUGUUUCAAAAAUAUCUCCCUGGUAUUCUGAGGCGAAUUGGAAUUGAUCUUUGUCUUAUCACUGUUAGUCUAUUUUGCUCACUGUUUGUCGACACCAUUGGUCACCUUCUCCCUAGUGGCCAUAAUGCUAGCUCAAUGUUUGAUCCUUUUAACUAUACAACUAAUAACGAAACGGCUCCAACACUUCAUCUCAGCCCCUUCAUUCUCAUUAUUCAGCAAGUCCUUGUUGCUGUGGCCUACGUAUUUAUCUAUGGUGGAGUGUUUGAAUUCAUCUGUGCUCAAAGCCCUCACUCUAUGAAAGGAUUUCUCAUUGGAAUUUUGUUUGCUAUUAAAGGACUUUUUCAGUUGAUUGGUGUUCUUGGAGUUCUUUUACCGUUUAGUUUCUGGCAGACCUCCCCUAAAGCUGGACUGGUUUAUUUCCUGGUGAACAUUUUUAUUUCAGUCGCAGGUGUUGUGGUUUUCAUAAUAGCAGCGAAGAGGUAUCAGUAUCGGCAACGUGAUGAACUUUGUAAUGUAAGAAAGUACAUUGAAGAAAUUUACGAGAAGGAUGUUAAUCACAAUCGGGAAUUUGAAGAUCUAGAUGUUCACUUUAGCGAUUCUGACUCAGAGACCCAAUGACUGCAUGUGUAGUAGCGAGAUAUUUAGGUUUAGUGAAUAAAUUAUUGUUGUUGAAAUACGAUUGUUAUAAUUUAGUAGUGACCUUUUAAAUUACUCCUCCCUUGAGACAACUUCAGUAGUGAUAGCAAGGUAGUCAACAAUAAUUAUUGUCUAAAAUACUAUUCCAUUGUCUACUGGUGGGGUACCUCAAUGUUGUUGGCAAGAGCUCCACCUUCAAUGCCCUCAUUCAGUGCAAGGAGGUCGGUCUGCCACUCCAAACACUUUCAAGGAGGACAGGGCUCCUCCCUACCAUCCUGCCAUUCCUCUCAACUUCGUCAACGAACAACCACAGGCUAUAUUUGCUAUAGGAUACGAGAUACUAUGCUAGUCCCACUCUUGUUCUCUCUAGACUAUCAGUCAAGAAACUACUGCUGAACUCUCUCAAAGUAGCCAUUGCUCAACUUAUUAGAGUUCAUUGUUAGUACAUGUGCGCUGUGUACAUCUCUAGAAUCAGUUCUGUCUUUUGUCUUUUGCCAUUAUUGCAACAUUGUGUUAU